AUGACUGUCUUGAAAUUCGAAAAUUCUUUUUGGACUAGUCCUAACUAUGCUCCUGGCAUUAAAGUGCUGUAUGAUAAAUUAGAGCAAGGCAGAAUAGAGAAUGAAGAAAUUGUGGCAUUUUUUAAGGAAAGAAUCGCAAUUGAAGAAACAUAUGGCCAAAAACUUGUAGAGCUAGCAAACAGUAAUUAUAGAUCUGACGGCUUCAUGCUUGAUGAUGGCGCUUCAUUAAAACGUACUUUUGAAUCAUUAAAACAAGAAUGUAAAGUUUUGGGGGAAGCGCAUAUGGAAUUAGCCAAUAACAUGGCAGAAAUGGUGCUUCAACCCAUGUUGAAACAUACUGAAGAACACGGUAUGCGUUUACGUGCUAGUAAAGAAAAAAUCACCAAUAAUCUUAGAGCGUAUGGUCGUAUGACAAACGAGGUACAGAAGUCUCGAAUUAGUUACAUGGCGAAAUGCGAGACUGCCGAUCAAGCUGAAUUGGUGGCUGAUCGUGAAGCCAGAUUACGUGCAGCAGAAGAAAAAGGGAGAAUAAAAAAUUACAAUUCGUAUCCGGUAAUGAUAGUGAUCAUCUGUGGACAAACAUUCACCGAGGAGGAAUUAAUGAUGUUCUUUGCUCGGAUGCGAGCUGAUCUUCAAUCUCGUGAAUUAAAAAUUCCGAUACUUGGUCUAUAUAACGAGCUUUAUACGGGUGAGGAUAUUGCUAAUUGGCUGUUAAAUAAUAAUCCUGGAACGCGCACUUGGCGUGAAGCAGAAAAUUUCGGCCAAGAAUUGGCUGAUCAAGGUUUUUUACGACUGAUUGGUGCAAUUGGAAAUGCAUUUACCCCGAGUUCAUCACAUUAUUACCAAUGGCAAAAAAAAGCAUUUCAUCUUCGACAUUCAGAAGAAUCUUCAGUGAAUUGGGGAAGACUGGUUAAUUUUAAUGAAGAGGAACCCCCGGAAAAACGUGCGCGUAAAGAGGCACAAGAAGCUGAUGAUUCUUAUAGACACGCCGUUAGAAAACUGGAUAAGACUCGUCUUGUUCUUGAAGAGUCUAUGAUAGAUCAUAUGAAUUUCUUGGAACGUACUGAAGUUGAGAGAUUAAAUUCUAUAAAAACUUUUUUCAUUGAUAGUAUUAUUCCUAUGGUAGCUUUUUUAAAUUAUAGUGGCACCUUCAAUAGUGCAAUUGUUACGAUACAAUCCAUGUCUGAACGAUUAGUUAUUUAUCAAGAAGCGCUCCGACCAGAAACUGAUCUUCAGUUCAUGAUUGAACGUUAUCGAACCGGACCAUUUUGUCCUCGUGUUAUUAUUUAUAAUAACGCAUAUAAUGGAAGCGCAAAUGAUCAAACUUUUGGAGUUCCACUUGAGGAAAAAGCGAAACAUGAUUUGAAAUUUAUACCUCAAAUCGUCACAAAAUGUUUAAGUUGCAUUAAUAAAGGGACAGCAGGUUGGAGUGACUCUGACAAGAGGUCCCUGUGGUUAUCGUACAUGCCGCUCUCCAUAAUACAUGGUCUUCGCGAAGAGAUCAAUGAUGGUGGAAAAAUAAAACUCAAGAAAUUGCGCGAACAUGAUCUUCCAACUGUAAUAGGUGUUUUGAAGCUAUACUUUAUGGAACUACCGGAAUGCUUGCUUACGUUUGAGCUUUAUGAUGCUGUUAAAUUAUUAUACUCGACGAAUUUAGAAGAGCAUGAAGAAGCAACGCGUCGCGCGUCAAUAGGAAAUCUAAUAGUAACCUCCUUACCUGAAGGAAAUCUAUAUACUCUAGAUGUUUUUAUAUCUUAUAUAAAUAGCUUACUCGCGAAUUUGGGCGCGGAUGAUCCAUUCCCAACUGUGUUUUCUCAGAUAUAUGGUCCGAUUCUUUUGCGUCCACAAUAUGAUACUGCAUUGACUCUUUCAGACCGACACCCACAACGAUUGCUGAAGGACCUCAUAUUACAUUACAAUACCAUCUUCAAGCAAAAUGAACCUUGUGAUACUACUUCUAGUAUCGUGGCUGAGGUUGUGAGGCGUGGGUCAAUAAAUCGAGAUUCUACACAAUCCAUCAAAGCUGUGGAACGUUCGAAUCGUUAUAGUAGAACUAGAGAAAGCUUUUCACAAACCUCUAUUCGGAAUAGUAUAAUAGUUGAGGAACAGCAGAUUUCAAAAGAAACAACAAUCAUUAGUCCUGUGAAUGAUGAAGAUUCACCCGUCAAAGAGACCGAAAAUGUGCCUCCAAAUACAACAGAAGCAACUCUGAAAAAGAAGGAUGAACCAGAGAUGAUAAUAUUAUCUCAUAACCCUGAUUUAAUUGUGGACGAAACUCCAUUAACAUUGACCAUUAGUACCCCUGUAGAUUCAAAAAUAGACAAACCAAUAAGACAACAAUCGAUAGCGAUGAACGAACAAAUAGUUCCUCUGAUAGAAUCUACGCAAGAAAGACAAGAAUCGAUCGCAAUGAAUGAACAAGUAUCUCCUCUGAUAGCAGCUACGCAAGAAAGACAACAACCGAUCGCGAUAAAUGAACAAAUAACUCCAGUGAUAAAAGCUACCCAAGAAAGACAACAAUCGAUCGUGAUGAAUGAACAAGAAAUCGGAGAGCCAGAAUCUUAUUCGAUACUGUCUCCCUCGGAUUCUAAUUAUAGUCAGUCAUUUAGCGAGAGUCCUACUGAAUAUUAUGCUAAUGAAAAACAUAACAGAUCUAAUGUCUUAAGUCAAAAUCACAUUACUGUCAACAGUUCGGUAUCAACAAUUCGUCCUAUUGGACCUCGCCCAAAUCCAAUAGCCAAUGAUCCUCCGACAUCACCUAAUUCUCUCCGUCGAAAUUCCCGGCCAUUAGCGAAUUCUGGCGUCCGUCGUAAUAGGCGUCUUCAUGUAACCACGGGAUCACUUGACAAAAUUCAAGACUCUUCUGAUCUUGAAAAUCAUCAAAUAACCCAAAAUCCAGAAGCUACUUUUAUUCCAAACCCAGUUAUUAGUCCUCAGAAAAAUAUUCCUCGUUCAGAUAAAAUUUCUCGGCCACCUUCGGGAAGAUUCGCGAUUGCCAAACAGGCAUUUGUCGAUGAUUUACAAUCAUUGCAAAGUAGAAGAGAGUCUUCCGCUGCAGUUCAACUAAUAAAUCCAAAGUCUGAAGUAGCAAGGCGUGGUCAAGCACUUCAGCUCAACAUCACUGCGGCUGUUGGUUUGCAGGAUGUGUUGAAAUCGAACCUUGGGCCGAGAGGCACCAUCAAAAUGUUAGUUGAUGGAGCAGGGACCAUAAAGCUAACGAAAGAUGGUAAAGUGCUCUUAAGUGAAAUGCAAAUUCAAAAUCCAACGGCUGUAAUGAUAGCACGAGCAGCCACUGCCCAAGAUGAAAUCACGGGAGAUGGAACAACAUCUAUUGUAUUAUUAGUUGGAGAAUUGAUGAAACAAGCUGAACGAUAUAUAUCAGAAGGGCUGCAUCCGAGAAUUAUUACAGAAGGUUUUGAUUUGGCAAGAAAAGAGGCAUUAGAGUUUCUCGACAAAUUCAAAGUUCAACGAUCAAUCGAUCGAGAACUCUUAACAAAUGUGGCACGAACUUCACUACGUACCAAAGUACACACCACGCUAGCCGAUGCACUAACCGAAGCAGUCGUCGAUGCAGUUUUGGCGAUUAAACAUGAUGACGAGCCGAUCGAUUUACACAUGGUGGAAAUUAUGAAAAUGCAACACAAGAUCUCGACUGAUUCACGACUGAUUCGUGGACUUGUAUUAGAUCAUGGUGCACGUCAUCCUGAUAUGCCGAAACGUGUUGAGGACGCAUAUAUUUUGACGCUGAAUGUGUCGUUGGAAUAUGAAAAGAGUGAAAUCAACUCGGGCUUCUUUUACUCAUCGGCAGAGCAACGAGAAAAACUUGUACAAUCCGAGCGAAAAUUCACCGAUGAAAAAGUGCGAAAAAUCGUUGACUUGAAGAAUAAAGUAGUUGGAGACUCGAAAAAGGGAUUCGUGGUGAUUAAUCAGAAAGGAAUAGAUCCUUUGUCGUUGGAUAUUCUUUGCAAAAAUAAUAUUUUGGCUUUACGACGCGCUAAAAGAAGAAAUAUGGAAAGAUUGCAACUUGUGUGUGGUGGAGUCGCUCAAAAUUCUAUUGAUGAUUUAACGCCCGAAGUAUUAGGUCACGCUGGUCUCAUAUACGAACAUACUUUGGGUGAAGAGAAAUAUACGUUUGUUGAAGAUGUCAAGAACCCAAAAUCUGUAACUAUAUUAAUUAAAGGACCAAAUGCUCACACAAUUUCACAAAUCAACGAUGCUGUACGUGACGGUCUUCGCGCUGUAAAGAACGCCAUAGAAGACGAAACUGUUGUCCCUGGUGCAGGUGCAUUCCAAGUAGCACUCGCAGCCCACCUGACAAAAUAUAAAGAUUCGGUUAAAGGUCGUGCUAAGAUGGGAAUACAAGCAUUUGCAGAUGCAAUGUUAGUUAUUCCCAAAGUGCUUGCGCAAAAUGGAGGAUUUGAUGCGCAGGACACGAUUGUUGCGUUACAGGAAGAAUAUGCAGAUGGCCACGUAGUCGGGGUGGACCUUAAAACAGGGGAAACACUUGAUCCAGUGCUCGAAGGAAUUUGGGAUAAUUACCGAGUGGUGCGACAUAUGCUGCAUUCUUGCUCGGUAAUUUCGAGUAAUUUCCUGUUAGUCGAUGAAAUGAUGCGUGCAGGCAAAUCUAGUCUAAAAAAUGAUAAUGUUGGGAGUUAG